AACACAAAUUGUCACAUAUUGAGGUUAUGUAUACGUCAACAUUUACAAAGUAUUUCUUUCUAAUGUAUAAAACGAUACAAAAGCGACCAAAUCAUCGAAAACGCAUUUAUAAUAAUGGAACUCCUCGAUUUAUCUCUCGACACUUUAAUAAUCAUACUUAGUUAUUGCAGAAUUCAAGAUAUACUUAACCUAAAAUUAACAUGUCGUAGAUUAAACCAAAUAAUCCUUUAUUCGCUCCCAAAUAGCUUAUUUGGAGGGUUAUUAUGUACCGGGCAAGGUACAAAAAAUAUUAGAGAUAGAUCUCAUGUUAUUUUAAGUUGCAUGGAGAAAUUCCGAGUAUUAAAAAAUUGGAGGAAGGGGAGAUACACAGAACAUUCCCACUUUUACGAUUUAAGGCAGUCUGUAGCAACGGUUCAAUUGGAAAAGGAGUAUGUGUGGUUUAGCCGAGAACACCGCGUUUUUGGUUAUAAAAGAAGAGGGAAAACUCUUCAACGAAAUCGUGCAAUUUCAAUUUAUGAGAUGAGUAAUUAUGCAGAUGUUGGUAAAUUUAUUAAAGGGGAGAAGUUUUUAGCUGCAGGGGCUAAUAACGGAAAGGUUUGGGUUUGGUUUCUUGAUACUGCGAAUGUAACUGCGAUUUCAAAGGAGUUUCAUAAAAACGAUAUCAACGAUAUUGACGUUUACGAUAAUUUUAUUCUUUCCGGAGGGAACGAUGGCCAAUUCGGGUUGUUUAACGUCAAUAGGGAACAUUUAAAAGUUUUACUUUGUAAUUACGGAAAAGUCGAUAACCGAAUUUGGUCGAGUUCUUUUAAUAUAAUGGGUGAUCGAGUUGUUUUGGGAACUUCUAGUUGUAAAAGUGUUGCUCCAAUUUGUAUUUUUGAUUCAAAUAGGUUAGAUUCUCCACUAAAUAUUUUUGGAACCUUCCUAGAUAAAGGAAGUAGCGUUUUAGACAUCAAAUUUUUAACAAAUUCGGUUUUUUUAACAUGUGGGCAUGAUACGUAUGUUCGUAAAUGGGAUUUAAGGCUUGGCGAUAUUUGCGUACAAUCGUAUAAGGACCCAUUUCAAUCUACUAUUUAUUGUAUGGACACUGAUUAUGUCAAUACUUUAUUAACAGGGACUCAAGCUCAUGGGAGAAUGGUUCUUUAUGAUAUGAGGAGCCCAAAAUACGUUCAAUUAUAUUUUCUGAGAUCAUGCCGGGGGAAAAAUCGAAAUUCCCCAAUUUAUAGCCUCUCGUUCGAUCCUUUACAAAUAGUGGCAGGAACGGAUCGUAAUUUAGACCUGGUCGAUUUUAGUGGUUAUGAAACGACUGGGAAAGAUUAUAGUUCCUUAUACAAAAAGGAGAUUUGCAUGUGAUAAAAAAUUAUUUAAUAAUUCUUUUUAAUUUAUAUCUUUGGUAAAAUUAUACACUAAAUAAAUAAAUAAA